AGAGCCAUUGUGACAUCAGAGCAGAUCAGCCAAUGACACUGAGAGGGAGGCAACCUUUGAGGGGAGCAGCAGAGAGAAAGGGGGGGAGCACAAUUUGGAAGAAGAUCCAGCAACUCUAAGGCUCAGUACAAAAGUUAAAAGACUGGUGUUUUUUUGAGCCUUGUGAUGAGAGGGUCUUUUUAUGCUUGAGUGCAGAAUGCCAGGAACAAAGACACAUUUAUAGACCUCAGUGAGAGGAAAGCCUUGUUACUAGGCCCUCUGGUUAAAAAAAAAUAAGAAGAUUGUAUGCUUACUGAGACAGAGGUAGAGCAUAACAAACAAUAAAUACUUGUGCAAAGAAAAAAUGCACUCAAUCAUUAACCUCACAGGUGAUGGUAUGGGAGUUAUUUGGGUGCAGAAGCUAUAAUGAUGAUGAUGGUGGCUUUCCAAAAAACAAUUUAUUCCAAAAGGAGGGAGAAAGAGAUGUUUAAAAACACACACCAGUUGCAUGCAUGUGAAGUUAAGAUUGGAGCCUAGCAGUUCAGCCAGUUCAAAACAUCAGAAGCAGAUGUACAAAACUGUACCAUUAGCUCCGUAAGUGUACAGAAUUAUGCAAUAGAAGACAUCCACUAUAUUCUAUGGCACCAUGGAGAAUGGGCAAUGAGGACCUUGCUGACUUUUCAAAGGCACACGCUCCUGUGUAAACCUACAGGUGAGGAUAAAUAGCUUGUCUUAGGUUGCAUUCACACUAUACAUUUAAAGCGCUCUUAUACCACUACAACAGUCAUGGCUUUCUGCAAAGAAUCCUGGGAACUAUAGUUAGUUAAGGGUGCAGAGAAUUGUAUCUCUGGGGGGGGGGGUCUCUUAACAACUCUCAGCACCCUAAACAAACUACAGAUUCUAAGGUUCUUUGCAGGAAGCCAUGAGUGAGUGACAUUACUGAAUGGGCCGCUAAUUUCUUUGUUUCUCCCUAUGGAGUAAUAACUGUGCUCCUUGGUAGAAAAAGAUAAAAGAGAAGCCAGAGAUACUAUGUAGAUCAGUAAUGGCCAAACUUGGCACUCCAGCUGUUUUGGGACUACAACUCCCAUCAUCCCUAGCUAACAGGACCAGUGGUCAGGGAUGAUGGGAACUGUGGUCCCAAAACAGCUGGAGGGCCAAGUUUGGUCAUCACUGAUGUAGAUCCUAGUGUUUCAUAUUCUGCUUAUUUCUGCACAUCAUAUCUGAAAAGAAAAUUGUUGUUCAAGGCAAUCUUGAAUAACUAACAACUUUUCUUUAGAGUUGUUCUCUGGAGAGUAUUACAACAGUGCCUUGGACCCAAAUCCUGGGUGGAAUCUACACACACAUAAAAAAUGCUGUGAAAAUGUUUUUUAAAAAAAUGUUUUGGAAAAAUAUUUUGAAUUUGUCAUAGCUCAUCAUCGCCAUCUAUUGUGACAUUUGUAUAUUGUACUUUACAACACACUUAAAACAUUUUAUUUGCAGCUAUAUAGCUGAGUCCCUGGUCUUGUUCUGCCAACCCCUAACACUUAGUGAUGAUUUACUAUACAAGAACAAGAAUAAGCUAGCCCAUUUUCAUACUGGCACUUUAUUCAUUGUGGUUCUUACUAUUUUAUCAAAUAUUUCAGGAACAUAACAGUUGCACUCAGAAAUGUAUUAUUUCUGCUAUUAUUCUGUAGUACAAGAUAACAAAGGCCUUUCUGCAACUAUUUUAUCAAAUAUUUCAGGAACAUAACAGUUGCACUCAGAAAUGUAUUAUUUCUGCUAUUAUUUUGUAGUACAAGAUAACAAAGGCCUUUCUGCAGAAGGCAAUUUCUGUUUGUGACAUACAUUUUUAGUUCACUUCAGCAGCACUGACAGAAGGUGAACUGCCAUUUUUGCAGUUAAUGCAAGAACUUCCCUAUUUGCAUGUUCAAAUAUUACCCAGUUACAGAAGGAGGGCCUUGGCUGCAACUUCUGAAUCCCCAGAGAAACAUUGGAAACGUUUUUAACUGAGAUAAGGUUUAUUCAAGAAAGAACAGGACCUACAUUUUUUCCAGAAUAAACAUAAAAUGCAUUUUCAUUAAUGAACUCACCACUUAAAUGUUGAGGGUGCUAGUUGACUAAAGUUAUACUCUGAAUAGACAUUCACUGAAAUCAAUGGGCAAGUAUCUACACUACAACUUCAUUGGAUAUCAUCCUGAAGGCUAAAACAAAAGGACAAGAUUUAUGGGUUCUAAAAAAAUACUGAUAUUACUAGGUACCAUUUAAAACUAAAUCUUCAGCUUUCAGAAGGGGACGUGGCUUAGCAAGGCAGAAAAUGGCUGUUUGACUCCAGAGCUCCAGUGCCUGGAACCAUUUCCAUCAUUCAGGAGCUUCAGGGAAUUAAUCUCCCCAGGGCAUGUGUCUCUGAAAUAAAGGAAUGUCAGUAAAACAAACUUGUCAAAAACGGGUGGAUUUCUCCUAUUUUUUCCACCUGCAGGAGAAAGACAGGCUGAACACGGAGUCUUUGUCUAAGGCCAAGUCCAAUACGUUGCCUGCUCAAGCUGCUGUUGCUCAGAGGUAAAAGGAAAGAGACUACAACUUGCAGUGAAUGUGCAGCUUGGUUGUUCUUCAUGAGGGAAAUAGUAAAAGAAACAUGAAAGCAAUUAAUGACUCCAAUGGAAGGGACAGCUGAGAGAGAUUAAUGUGCAUCUGAACACUUUGACUGAGACUGCAAAAGAAAUAGGGCAGAUGCAUGCAAAGCAAAUUUGUUGAUUGCAAGCAGAUUACAAAGAGAAAAGGGAGAGGAGGCCGAAAAAUCAGGUGAGACGUGUGAAUCUUAUAUUUAUGUGGCUUUCAGGGAAAUGUGGAGCAUGAGGAUAUGUUUACUUUGCCCAAGCCCAAGAAGGGUUCCUUUCCCUGGGAUGUGGUAUUGUGUUUUGGCAGACACCAUAACAAAAUAAUAUGGAAGAAUGACGUUUGUAGGGUUGCAAGAAGUUUUGUGAGGAGUAUUAUUAGAAGUAUUGUAAAAAUGGACAAGGGGGAGGAUGAUUUGUUAAGAGAUGUAAAGGCAAUAUAAAGUUAAGAAAUGCAUAAGAAGUGGUUAAAACAGUGGAUCAUCAGAGGUGCUGAUGGAAGUCCAAAAGGAUUGUAUAAGUGAUAGGUUUUGUGGUACAUUUUAUAAUUUAUAUGUUAAAAUUAAUUUUAAAAAAUUAUUUAAAAAAAACAAAAUAAUAUGGAAGAAGCUAAGGGACACUCAAGACAUAUCCCAUGACAGAUGGCCUAUCAUGGUGCUAUAAGAUCCAGUCCCCCAAAAGCUUAGAAAGUAUCAAUGUCUAAAACCUUUUUACUAGAAAGCUGCAGGAGGCAGGGAUCCACCACAGAUUGGGGUUCCCAAUCAAACUGGUUCUCAUGAGAGUUAUAACGUCAUUAAUCGCAAGGAAUCACUGCAAAGCUAUAGAGUUGCUGGAAACGCUGUGCAGUAUCUGGAACUCCCUGCAGAAAUAACUAUGGAUGACCCCCAGGAAACAGGAAAUAAGGAAUUAGAAGAUCCCAGAUGCUGUAUGGGAAGAAGUGUCUGGAAACUGGCAUUCCAGGAGAAUAGCUCCAUAUAUACCCCAACAUUUAUUCCUGGUCAAUCCAUGUUCACACUUAUCAAGGUUUCACUGAGCACCUGUAGAAAUCUAUAGCAGUGACUCCAUUUUACCACCUACACACUAUUUCUGCUAAAUGUCUCUGCUGUUUUAUUUAGUAAUGGUGCUUUGCCACCGUAGCUUCCCCUUCAGAGUGAGUGCAUUAAUAAGAAGGGCACAUGUUUCAGUUGACUAGACAUGUGCCUUGUCUCUCUCCUUGUAGGCACUCAGCUAUGCAAAGCUGAAAACAAAAAGGUAGCUAGAGAGGUAGGGUUGUUUAAGGAAAUAACAUUGCAACCUGUGUGCUCAAACUAAUAAACGGCACUUCAGUGUGGAAACGGUAUUAAUCACAACGAGGAAAACAGUUCAUAUAGAAGAACUGGAUGAACCACUUUCUGGAGCCUAACAGCAGGAUUUAAUGGCUGUGAGAAAACCCUGUACUGUAAUAGGUGUGCAGGGAGAGGGAGGCAGGACAAGGUAGGCCUGGUUUACUCAGGCAUCUCCAUCAAUUGAUUUUUGUACAUUUGACUGGCUACUGACCAGGUGAAUUAACUCCAUGGAAAAUAACUGCAUUUAAGGGUAUGAACAUUCUCGUGUGUAUGACAGCCCAUUUCCACCCAGCAGUCAAGGCUGUUGCUUGCUUUUGCAGUCAUGGUGAUGAACCUCACGUAUUAUUCAACCCCUAGUCACGUCAGGCAAACUGAAACCACAUAUUUUGAAUGAAGUCAACCUAACUUCCCAAUAGAGAUAGGAAUACUAAUAGAAUAAGAACAGCUUGAUUUUUCACCCGGGAGGUUUUUAAAUAAGCAUUUGGCAGGAGAAUGUUUUGUGUAAUUUGUUCUACUGUAUCUACCUUCCAGACAGGUGUCAAAGCCCUAGUAUGCAAGGCCCAAUGAAAGGAUGUAGGCCUUGGUUGAAUCUUAAGGAAAGCUUCUUAAGUGUUCAAGUAAAGCAGCAGCCACCUAGAAGGGAACCAGUGGCCUUCUAGACGCUGAACUCCUAACUCCCAUCAGUUUCAGCCAGCAUGGCCAUUGAUCAGGGAUGGUGGGAGCUGAACUUCAGCACCAUCUGAAGGGACACAAUUUGGGCACACGUCAGGCAUGGAAAAUCUUUGCCGCAGGCCAAGGCAAAAAUCUAUACGGUCACAAAAUCUGGUGCUUCUACUCACAACUGAAACUUAACACACAGGGGAAAAUGAACUAUUCCAACUCAACAUACUUAGGACCAUACCAGUUUGCCAGCAUGAAGAAAACUGAAGAAAACUCUUAUUGUGGAAACUUUAAGAGAGUAGAACUCUGACCAUUCCUUAGCCCUCUGGCUGGGAUUAACUACAUAUUGUAUUUUUAAUGUGUACUCUUCUCUCUAGCCUACAGUGCACACACAAGAACUUACUUAUUGUAGGUCUUUAUCUCCCAAAUUUGUACCUGUCAGAAAAGCAAAGGACAGUCUUUUGGUCUUGAGAAUGUCUGCUCCUGAAUUUCAAUGCUGAAUAUUUUCAGAAGGGUAGCCACGUCAGUCUCUUGCAGCAAAAGCAAGCAGGAGUCUUGUAGCGCCUUAAAUACUGUACUAAUUUUUUCGUUAGCCUUCAAGGGGUCACGCAGACCUUCAGGAUGUCCUUGAGAGACCAGAGGCCAAACGUGGAUGUCAAAAUUCUGCGAAACGGGUUGCAAGGUAUUAUUGUUGUGGCCAAUAUUUUAUGCGGGAUACUACCGGACGUGCUAAGGCAACGGCCGGGUGAAAUCAUGGCCCGUUAGGCCUCCGAGCGCUCCUCGAUUUGAGCGCCCGCCGCAGCGUAUUGCCUGGGGCCGCGCUUGAAUCGAAAGGGUCUGAAAGACACCCGGCCUGCGCCAAGCCAGCUGCAAGUCUCCCCUGGGCCUCCAGAGGGCGGCCUCGGGCGACUAACUUUCUUCUCUCUGUGUGUGUCUAUGUACAAAGCAGGCUUCCCUCGAGGGGCGGCUGUUGCUUUAAGCUGGCCCUGGGGCGAGCGGAGAGGGGAAGCCAGAAGCUGCGCGGCGGGCCCCGGAGGUCCUUUCCCCCUGCGGAGAAACAAAACCACCUACGGGCGGCAACAGCAGCAGCAGCAGGAGGAGGAAGAAGAAGAAGAAGGAGAGCGUGUGCGAGUUUCGGAUCCGCUCGGCUCCCGCCUUAAGCGCCCCGCAUUGAAUCAGCGCGUGAAGCUCGAGAGCUCCUCGGCUGCGCUUGCCUCGGGCACUUGCGCGACGCUGCUUCUCCGCCUUGGAUCGCAAUCAGAGGAAGAAGAAAAGCGCUGACAGAUAAAGGCAGCAAGCCGCCGCCACCCCCCACCCCGCGCCGCCGCCGCUCCGCGUUGACAGGCAGCGGGAGCAACAGCAGCGGCCGCGGCAGCCCUCCCUGCACGCGCGCGCGCAACACACACAAGACGCACACAAGACACACACACACACUCAGGACACACACCGAGAGAGCCCGCCAGCCCUGGAGGAGGAAGGCAAGCCAGGAGCGGAGGGCAGCGGGGCCAAGCCGCAGCCCAGGAACUGAGGAAGGGCCGCCGCUUCUCUGCACGGGCAUCAUGUGGGUCUGUUUGUAAGAGGGGUUGGGGGGCCAGAUCCCCUCUCUUCGCCUCCCCCCCCUCGCUCUCCCUCCCCUCCCCCUAGCACAGGCGGCCACACACACGCACACACACACACACACACACCCCGACCGGGAGGAGGCGGCGGCGAGGGAGCCGCAGAGGCCGCUGGAAUAAUAAGAGAAUUGAUUGUGAAAAAGGAAAGCAGAAGAAAUAUUUCCUGGCAAGAUGGCCGACUUGGAGGCUGUGCUCGCCGAUGUGAGCUACUUGAUGGCUAUGGAGAAAAGUAAAUCCACUCCGGCAGCCCGGGCCAGCAAGAAGAUCGUGCUACCUGAGCCGAGGUGAGCCCGGCAAGGGGGGCAGGCGGAGGGGGCAGGUGCGGCGCCGGGGCCCCGCGCGAGGCGCGCCGGGCUUAGGAUGGGCGCUGGGUGUUUGUGUACGCGAGCGAGCGCAUAAAUGGGUCGGUAUAUGACUGAGCUUCGCUCUUCUGAAAUGCACCGAGCCGACUUGCCCUUGGCCCAAGCAGCAGGGACCGUGAUCUACCCCGUCCAUGUAGCGGGGUGGAAAGAGGGCUCGCUAAAGCGGCGUCUUUCCGUGUACGUGGUUGUGUUGAUAUAGUGUGGGCAUGAUGAUGGAUUGUCAGGGUGUCCUGUCUCUGCUUCCUGAUUCUUCAUUCGGCUGCUCAGAUCCUUGGAGAUCAUUCCCCCAGCACCUCUUGCAGUAGCAAACCCCCUCCUUCUCUGUUUUUUCCUACCCACACGUCACAAUUCCACCCACCUCAACACAAACACACAUAGUGAUUCUCUUUGUGUAUGUGUAAUAUACAAUUGUGUUAACCGCAGCAGAAAAGCAGGCUAGUAAAUCAGGCUGUAUAUAUGCCUAUAUAGUGCUUUUUUCUGAGCAGUCCAGCAACUGUGUUGCUGGGUGUUAUGAGGAGCAUACAGCUUGGCUCUGGCAGUGCCUGGAGUCGGCCUCAAGAUGCCCUAACCACUGUCUUCUGUUUUGGGUGGGUGGUUGGUUUGUUUUUGAAAAUCUGUGUGUACAGACCUGUGCAAUCCAACGCUGUGUCUUGGUAGUGUGCUGUUAGAUAGUGCCCAGGUCUUUGCCCACCUUGCAGCUGCCCUGAGUUCAAGCAGGAACUGGGGCUGCACAAACAACGUUGCAAGUGUGCGCAAAUGCAGUGCAAGGUCACCAUCGUGCAGAUAAGGGGAAAUGUGUUAGGCAGGGGCUCUGCUUCAUGUAAGGGCAUUUUCUUGCUGGGAGACACAAGUGGGAGCAUUAAGUCAAAAAAUCUGACUGGUCAUCCAGGUGGGUCAAAGGUGCUUUGGUUUCGGCCAACCAACCCUUAACUCUGCUUCCUGGCAGCAGUUACCAAGGGCAACAGGGUGGGGCCUGACAAGCAUCCUGCACCUUCAGCACAUGGGCAGAUGGAGGCCUUCCUCACUCUUCUUUCUUCCCUUCCACCUCCCAUGUGAUAUCUGGCUUACCCUACCCUUCCCUGUUCUAGCCAAUAACCUUGGGUUGUCCCCAUUGUAGGAGAAGUCUGUUCAAGCAGAACUGCUCCCCUGCCACUGAAGGCAGGACAGAGGGUCUCUGAGAAAGCUCCAAAGGGCCCCUUUCCGCAAGAAAUGGCAAGCGGCCCUUUCAGAGGAUGAUGCAGAUGUGUUACCAUGGCAAUGCCUGAAAGCCCCAGCAGCCUCUGUGCUCUUUUCCCCCCACACGGUUGCUGGUUUCAGUAUGGAAGUGCCCACAUGGGAACUUUGGGUGAAGUUCCAUAGCCUUUGGAGGAAAUAAUUUUGGGAUGCAUAGUGACGGUCCAGAGAGCAGCCCCUUCACUUGCAUCACAUCUCAGCUAAUAGUUGCUCACUGGCAACCCCCUGCCUGCCCGAGUCACAUCCCUGAGUCCAGUUUAAGAGAACUGUCUUGGGGUGGCAGAAUUUAAGCCAUCGUUUGCCCUUCUGCCCCUCCCUCAUCUCUUUCUGCACCACUUGUGAUGACAGUGUAACUGCUACUGCCUUCUCCUCCUUUCCUCUUCCUCAAAGUACACCAGGGAGGCCUUCAAUUCUCCCAGCUCAAUAGCCAUCUAUUUGGGGGGCAGGAGAGGGAGUAGGGGAGUGAAAGGCAAUAUUGACAAUAUAUCUACACAAAGGAGAUACUGUGAAAUUUGGCUUUUAGGAAAUUGAGCUGGGGAGAGCUAAGGGGUCAGAUUGCCAAUUAGGGAAGCAAGACUAUGCCCUAGAAGAAGCCUAAGGAUUAAGAGGCGUACAUGGAGGUCUUGCUGUGAUCACAGCACAGGGGCCUUAUUGAUAGCUUACUGAUAGGCAGAAAUAAGGUAGCUGGAAUGGUAAGGAAAGCAUGGGGAGGAGUGUCAAGGAUAUGUACAGAAUUUCAUUUGUUUGGAUUCAAGACAUCUGCUGAAAACAUGCCUUGGAGACUUCUUCCCAUUAGCUAGGAAGGAUCAGAUACAUCUCUUCUGCACAUCUCACUGUGGGAACCUUGCUGGGGAACUUCUAAAGUGUGGCCCCAUAAAUUUUGCCCGGGAAGCUGAUUUGGAGCAGGAGGAGAACAGGGUAAUUCCAGAAGAGGUUAAUUCAGGCAGAAGCUGAAGAAAUUCUUAGUUCCCCUAAUCUGAAUGCAUAAUAACAUGUAGAUCUUUUGGUACAGCCCAAUAGAAAACACGUGGAGGAGGAAACUGGGUUUGGGUCAUGAGCAGAGUGUGUGUUUUACAUUAAAAUAUGCAAGUCAAUAUAUUUGCAUAUUUAUUUUUUGCAUAAUUUGCUCUGUUCCUAGCAGUCAUGGGAGGCGGUGCAGGGAAGCAGUGCAGGGCACAGAAUCCCCACCUCUUGACCACUAGAAAUUUGACUCAUCCUCCCUGUGGCCUUGCACGCAUAUACUGUUGUAGAUCAAAAAUACAAGAAACUUGCUUUUUUAAAAAAAUGAAAAGCAAGAUUUGGGUGCCCAAGUAUAAUUUAUUUCCUUGCCUUGCAUGAUAUCGUCUUGGCACAGCAUACAUAGUCCUGUUCACAAAUCACAUUAUCUUGCUUCUCAGAGACAGAGCAUUCACUCUCAGACGCUCCAUAGGAAGGUGAGACUUAACAGAAACCACAAGCAGUGUGGCCCUAGCAUACGUUAUCUUUCAUCAUUGUUGCUUUGCUGGUGGUUGACCUAACAGCUUCCGUGUGUGUGUCUGUCUUGAAACAUAAGGGACAUACAAAUCACACCCUUGGAGCCUAGGUGGUGCCUCCAUUUUUUUUCAUGGGCUGUCUAUUGGAAUUGGGACAAAAAUGCAGAUACAUCCUCAGGAAGUUGUCCAGGAUUGGAACAAUAGAAGGAUGGAGAUUCUAGAGCAGUGGUGAGGAACCUAGUGCCCCCAGAUGUUGAUGUACUCUAAAUCCCAUCAAUUCCAGCUGGCACAGCCAAUGGUCUGGGAGUUGUAGUCCAGCAACAUCUGGAAGAGCACACCACCCCAUCCCUGUUGUAAAGAGAGGAACAUCAGCAAAAUUGGCAGGGGUGCUGUUGGGUACUUAAAGAACUUGAGGCACAAACCCAUGGCCCAAAUUUCCAUAGCCAUUUGCAUUGGCUAGCUUAUAUGUAUUUAAGAUGGUGGGUUUCUGAUGCUUAUCAGCAUUGCAUUUUGCAGUGUGCACAGCAAGUCAGUUAAAGGGGGAGGGAUGAGUUUUUUAAAAGGAAGAAAAGGGCAGGAGAUGCAGGCCAAGUGCAAACCUGGGUUUUGCAACCCCACCACAUCUGGAACAGCACCCCUGAAAGUUGCUGAAGGGGCUGCAUCCUCGUUCAUUACUGCAAAAGCAGGAACAUUCUGUUACAUCUGUUACAUUAAUUUAUGGCAUUUAUAUGCCACUUCAUUAUUAGCAUUUCUAGAAGGCAUACAUAAAAAUAAACCAUACAGAGAAUAAAACAGUAAAAAAAAAAUCACCAUAAAACCAAACAUAAACCCAAACCCUACCUUAAAAUGCUUGCUGAAAUAAGAAAGUCUGAGUCACAUGCCUGAAGUCCAGCAAUUUGUGUCUUACCUGUCCUGUACGUAGUUCAGAGGCAGCAUUUUAUCUUCACAGCCACCCUUUGAAGGUAGAUUAAAUUUGAGAUACAGCGACUUGCUAUCCGAUGAGAUUUGAGUCUCUGCUUCCCACCAACCAAGCUCACUGUGGCAGGGUACUGGAGACAUGAUCCUGAAGAUCUGGAAGACUCUGUCUACUCCCUCCUGGAAUGUCUUUUAUAGAUUCUACACAGACAUUCCAAGAGGGAGUGGAGGUAAUGAAACUCGGAACUGCUGCCCAUUCAAGAUCUUGGGGGAAUAAGAUGUCUAAGGUUUUGUUUAUUACGGUACAUUGCGCCAUACUUCUCUCCAAAGGAGCUGAGGGCCACACACAUUGUAUGUGGGAUGGUUUAGGUUGUGUGUGUGUUUGACUAACCAUCGCCACUCUUUGAACUUCAUGCCAAAGUGGAGAGUUGAGCUGAGGUUGCUCAGGGGUCGCUAAUCUGUCACUCUCCACACAUCGUUGGACUCCAGUGGCCCUAGCCGGCAUGGCCAGUGGCCUGGGGUGUUGACAGUUGUACUCCAUCCACAUCUGGAGGACCACAGGUCCUCCCAUUCCUCUUCCAUAUCAUGCAGAGCAGAAUUGUGGGACAGGGAUAGGAGGCCUCCCACAACCCCUAUUAUGGAGCACCCUGACUUUAAAUCACUCCCAUCGGUUUUCUCCGAUAGGCUUCAACACACUAAACUUCCUGCCCGAGCAACCUCCCCGCUGGUGCAGCCUCUCGUGUCCCUCCUCCUGCCAAAGUCAAGGCCCAGCUUCAAAGAAGACCUGUCUCUCUGGUUUGUCUGCCAGGAAAUGACGUCACCUUUGGUCGCAAUAGGCUAUUUGGGUCUGCUGCAAAGUAAGAAACUGCAGCACAUAGGAGAAUCAGGGUGACCUGCGUCCUGCUGACCCGCCACAGCACCCACUACAAGCUCUGCCUUUUUGUGCAGGUUUUAUAGCGGAACUAGGAAUGUGUCGGAGCCAAGGUGGUUGUGACAUUUGUGAGAGGGGAGAAUUCAGCUUUGGUAAAAGGGCAGGGGAUUAAAAAAGGGGGGUGGGGAGGAAGUUUCUCCUUUGCUGGUUGCUGCACGACAGUGUUGUUUUUCCUGUUAAGGGAACCAAACUAUUUUUUUCUGUGCAUUCAUUUCCUUUUUCUGCGCUUGGAUAUGAAGCCAGUCAGUGUUCCCUGAAGUCAGGCUCUCUCUAGCCUGACAAUCUACAAGAGCAUACAGAAAAAAAUAAUAAUAAACCAUCUCAGAUGCCCAGGGAUACUAGCAGGCAACUUCCCACUUCCUCCCCAAUGGCCUUUAAGCGAACAAGAGCAUUGUCAACAGCUGGCUGAUUAUUUAUAGUACUAACUGCCUCUCAUUAAGUCUCUGUGCAAGAGGAACUCGAGGGAGCUGACAUUCUCCAUAGGCCUUCCCGGUUGUUAACUAAUGCUCUCUUUUUUUCCUAAGGGGGAAAACUGAGGCAGGAAAAAGAGGGCACUAGGACCAGUUCUCUCAGACCUUAUCUGACCGAGGUUAACUUCAGUGACUGAAUUUUUGGAAUCGGUCUUGUAAACAACACAAAAUUUACAAGCUCAGGAUUGUUCCCCCACCCCCCUCUGCAGACUGAAAUGCACAUACAGGCUUGUGGCUUAACCCCUUUUUUUUUUAACCUUCCUUUCCUGGUUGCCUAGAACAGAUGCUUGUUUGCCACAAGUGACCAUGCUAGUUGCUUUUUAGAAGCCUGGCCUAUAUAGAUGUGCUGCUUUUCCAUGGAGCAAAGGUAGUCAACCUAGUGCCCUCCAGAUUGUGAUAGGGCUACAAGUCCCAGCAUAUGUGGCCAUGCUGGCUGGGGCUGGUGGGAGUUGGAGUCAGGCAACUUCCAGAGGGGAUGAUGUUGGGCUACUUGGUUUGAUGCUAUGAGUCCCAAGUUCAAGUCUCCGCUUAGCUGCUGCUAUAAAAGGAAUGACUUGCCUACCUUACCAGGACACUGUGAGAAUAACCAGAUAAUGAGUGUGAAUUCCUUUUCUGCACAAGGCAUUUUAUGUAAUGAUAUUAAUGCUAUCAUUCAACUGGACCUGCCCCCUGGAGAUGGUUGUUAUGGAGAUGCUUGAGACACAUUAUCCCAGGCCCAUAACAGCAGCAGGCACCAGAAAACACAGCCAUCCAUCAUCCUUCCAAGACGCGUCUGUCUUAGGCAUGGGGAUCUCUCCCCCAUCCCCCAUGGCUCACUAGUUUCAGGAGCAGGAGUUUCUGGGGGGUGGGGGAAAGACACAUUCAGUCUAAAUGGUUGAAGUAGGUCCUGUUUCUCAGCGCCCUGAUAUUUACUUCGCAGAAUCCAAGGGGGGAAAAUCUGCCCUUCACAAUGGGAAAGUGUCUCUUCAGCCCGAUCACACUCUCCCCUUCAGAGGCACCCCUUACAUUAAGCUCCCAUAGCUCCUAUAAUACUACUAAUUCCCAGAAGCCCCAUUCAGAGCCAGCCCAGCACCCCAUUUAAUACAUGGACUGCAACAGCAGCAACUAUGGUUGUUCCUGCUGCAGACCACAUUGGGCACCUCUCCAUUGCCAUUCAGGGAGGAUGCAGUGGCCUCUCUAGGCUAAGCAUCCAGAUCUCUUUGUCCUCCAUUCAGAUAUUUAAAAGGUACCCAGAUGAAGGGCUGUUUAUUUAGUCAGCACACUCAAGCAAUGUCACCCCCCUCCCCGUUCCCUCUCCCCCCCCCACUGCAGACGGUAACACUUCCAGGCGGGCCAGGAGUGAGUUGAGUGUCUGAAAAAUGUUCCACAUGUAAAACUAGAAAAAGCAGUGUGCAUGUCAGGGCGAAAGGAUGCAGUCUUAUUGGGCUCGGUUUUCUCUGAGGAGUUUUUCAUUCCCAUCUGGGAGCAUUCAAAAUGUCACCCACCCCCACCCUCUCACCUGCAACCUGAAAUGGAAUAGUCCAAGAUAGCCUUCCCCAGCCUAUACAAAGUGGAAGGGCUGCAUAAUUCUUUCCGUACCAAAGUGGGGAUAGUGGGGGGCGGGUUUCUGUGGAAAAACGGUGGGCAGGAAAAGGGUUAAGCAGUGAUUCCAGUUCUCUAAACCUUCUCUUCUUCCCAAAGUUACUUUUUCAUAAGAAAGGGGUGGGGGACCUGUGACCCUUCAGACCCUGGGGUCCAAACUCCCAUCAUCUCUGUCCCUUGGCCAUGCUGGUUGAGGAUGAUGGGAGUUUGCAAGUCCAGCAUCACCAGGAGGGCAGCAGGUUGAGGAAUGCUAGUCUAAGGAAAGCUUUACCAAUUGACCAACAGACUUGGGACCUCAGCCAUUAUUGGACUACAGCUCCCAUCAUCCCUGACCACUGGUCCUGCUAGCUAGGGAUGAUGGAAGUUGUAGUCCAACAGCAGCUGAGGACCCAAGUUUGAGAAACACUGCAUUAAUUGGUCCUGUCUGACUUACCAAGUAUCUCAUGCAAGUGGUGCAAACUAUCACAGAAUGUUGGUGCCAGAGUCACAGCAUUUUCACCAUUAUUGUGCCACCCGCACUGCUUCUCAUUCAUUCUAACCUGCAAUGAGGAUCUGUACAGUCAGUAUGUGGAUUGUGGGUGUUGGGAAUGCUGACUCAGUACACUUGUCAAGUGAUACGGUAAUCUGCGUCUUCCAUCAUCUGACAAGUACUUCUUACACAAGCUUCCAUCUCGAAAGGUACCCGUGCUGCAAAUUGAAGCAUGCUUUCUGGGGAGCAAACCCCCUUGAAGUCAAUGGGGCUUCUUCCUUCCAGGUGAACAUGGUCAGGAGAAAAUGGUUGAAAGUGAUUCGGUGGCAUUUCCAAAUAAAUGCAUUUAGGAUUAGGAUUUCUGCCUCUGUUGUCAGAGGCAGUGUGCUUGGAAUCCCACGUGGAAAGAAUGCUCUUGUGCCCAGGACCUUCUUGAGGUGUUCCUACUGGCAUGUGGCUGGCCACUGUGACAACAGAAUGCUGGGCUAGAGGGAGACUGUUGCCCUUACCCUGCAGUGGCCCUCAUACUCAGGAGCUUCCUCUUGGCUGCUUACGCUGAAUCAAUUAAAAUUUUCUCCAUAGAAGGGCUAUGUGUGCUGCUUAACCAGCUAAAUAUCCACAGGAGAAGCCAGGUCAUAGCCCAGCUCUGAAAAAUGGCACACGACUCCGAAAGAGAGUUCCAGUUCUUUGUAAUACAUUAACCCAGCAUGAACCCCUGUCUCAUGGCCAGACCGUCUAUAGCAUUUUCCAGGCUGCCAGCUACCGGGUCUUGCCAACUCAUCUUUGAGAUUAGUCAUUGUACUUUGGGACCUUGGAAUUUCAGGUUCAUUUUCAACCCAAAAGGUGCUCUUUCCUAAUUAUUUGCCUAGCAUUCUCUCUCUCUCUCUCUCUCUCUCUCUCUCUCUCUCUGUGUGUCUUUCUUGGUCACUUUAAAAUUAACCACCCAGAAGGACAAAACAAACACAGCGACUAAAAAAACCAGAAUGUAUUCAGAACAAUGCUUCCAAGAUCCAAGGUAUUAUUUCCUCUGCUUCUCUAGCCAGGAGCCUGUCCCUCCACACUCAGACCACCGUCCUCCUGUCCCUCCCGCUUUUUGAUGAACCUUCAUUUUCUGUUUAGACUUUUAGAUUGGCUUCUCUUCCAAAUUGCCCAGAUGCAGAUGCCAUUCUAAGAGCACCGGCUCUUCUUUAAGACAAGAAACAGACCUCUGUUCGUUCACCUGCUAGAAUGACUGACUGCCUUUGUAAUCUUCCUGUACCUGGCUCCACUUAGCCCCAGAUAAAAACACAGUCUCCUUUAAACAGCUGGUUGGUCUUAAUUCAUGAAUGAAAUGUCGGCUAUCCAGUGCUGGAUCCUUACUGACCCAAAAUCUCUUGAGAUAAGUGUCUUUUAUCUGCAGGCUUCCUGUGAUAAUAAUGGGGGGGUUUUUUGCAGCAAAAACAACAAAGGGUAUUGUAGCACCUUAAAUACUACAUUUGCUAUCCUUUAAGGUACUACAAAACUGCUCAUAUAAUAAGACUUUACCCCCUCUCCACACCACCACCCCACUUUCUAAACAUGUUCUUGGUUCCUCCUCCGACCCUCUAGAGCAGAUUUAGGGGGCGCAGCAGGAAGAGAGGAGGGGAAAGUCUGCUGCACAAGUGGACCUCAUUCUGCACAUGCAACAGCUUAGCUGGAUCCUGCCCUUGUUGUUUUCAGGGCAGGGACGGCAAACCUUUGUCCCUCCACAUGUGGUUGGACUCCUAUCAGGCCCAGCCAGCGUAGCCAGCGGUCAAGGAUGAUGGGAACUGGAGUCCGGCAGCAUAUGGAAGGUCACAAUCUCCCCACCCCCUGCUUUGAGGGAAUAGGCCGAGCUGAGAAGCUUCACCCUUGUUAACUUCCCUCACGUGCCUUUUCUCUUGGCAGUAUCCGCAGUGUUAUGCAGAAAUACUUGGAAGACCGGGGUGAGGUGACCUUUGACAAGAUAUUUUCUCAGAAGAUUGGUGAGUAGCAGAGCCUCUGCGGGGUCAUGAGUUCAGGCAAGACCAGCUUGCCUGUGCUCCGGUUAGCCAGGAGUCAGCGCCAGUGAGAAGAAUAGGGGGGCAGAAGGAGGGCCUCCUUUUUAAAAAGGCUGUGGUGGGAUUGGAUAUCUGCGGAGUUGUGAUGGAAGCUACUUGCUGCAUACUCAGUCUUGUCCUUCCCCUUAGGAAUCCAGCUUCUGGCCUGAAAAGUGCUGCUGUGCUUUGGCCGCAGGGGCCGGUGCUGCAGGUGCAACUUCUUUUGUCACUUGCUCCUUCACAGGAGUUGGGGAACGCUUGGCCCCUGAAUUUGUCCUUACCAUCCAGCCCUUGGAAAGGCCAGUCACCUUCUUCAUUCAGAUCAGGAGUUAACAAGUCUUCUCCUUCUCUAGGGCGGCCCAAUGCAAAGAAAGCCAGUGAUCCUGUAUCUAUUAAUGAGGAUUUUUUUUUUGAAAGCGCAAAGCUCUGCAAAGGCGGCAGAAGCUGUGCCAGCUCAAAUUAUCUUGUCCAAAUUAUCCAAAGUUAAUAAGUCCCUGUCCUGCCUUGGGUCUGGUCAACUCUGCAUCCCAGGCUGGUGCUGUAGAGCAGGGGUGGGCAGACUUUGGUCAAUCCACUUUCGCCUCUACCAGAAUUUCCAAGAUUGACCAACCCAGGCCAGGUGCAAGAUACCCAGAGUUAGAAUUAAUGAACAAAGGGUGCCACUGAGCACAUUUGGAGCCCAGGAAUUUGUUUUCAGCACCAUUUUGGGCAAAUGUCCAGUCUCAGUUAGCUUUCUUCAUUUCAGCAGCCUAAUUUUGAUUAUGGGGGGUGGACGGGUCAUUUUGUUCUUGCUAGUUGCUCAAGAAUUGGGAGUCAGAACCCCUGAGGAUCUACUGCAGGUCACCCAGAGAUCUCCCAGUAGAUUGUAAUCUACUGUCUCUUCCCCCUCCCUCGCCUUGUUCUCAAGCCUGAGCUGAGAUCUGUGAGCAGCUGAGCUGAGAUCUGUACAAAUGAAUUGGGGAAGGGGGUAUUGCUGAGGUCGAUGAGGAAAUUCUGCUUCCUCUUGUGCGGCCUGCGACGGUUCCCCGUUCCAUCUUCCAUUAGUUGUUUGCAGGACAAUUGCUUCACUUGAGGGAUAUUGGAAGAGAAGAGGGUUCAAAGCUUCUGGACUGGCUCACAUGUGAGAAGGUUCUGCCUCCAGGAAGGGGGUGGAGCUGCAGACCUUGCAUUUGAAUGUGGCCCUGUAGGCCCAUCUUUCUGGCCCUCAGGCUUCUUCCUAGGCCACAGUAUAUUGCUAGGCCACCCCUCACAGGCCCUGCUGCCCCCACCCUUGACAAUGCCUCUCUUGAGUAUCUGAAUGAAGAAGUGUAAUUACUCCAGCAGAGAAUCUGGACCUGGUGGAAUUCCCCUUCCAUGCAGCUCUUCAAGAAGCCUUUUAGAAAGUAAGAGUGUCAGCUUUUUCUGGCAAGGCCCCUGCGCUGUUAGCAGCUGUGUGAGAAGUAAAAAUGCAGCUCAUGUAGCUUUUUCUCCCUCAUAGAUUGAAAUGUACAGGCUGGUGGGGAGAGGGGACAACACCACACUUUCGCUGCUGAAUUUCUGCCUGUCAUCUUGCUGAAGGCACAGAAGCCUGCCAGGAAGAAGGAAAAUAAAAUUCCACACCCUGCCACUUACUCCUUUAAAAAAACCAAAACAAAACAGAAUACUCUAGAGCACUGGUUCCCAAUUAGCUAAUUACGGAGGACCCCCUGUUUUUCAAAAGCCAAGCCACGGACCCCUUACUUUUGACAAUUUUGAUGACUCCAUGGUAGUUACCUCUGCAAAGCAAUUUUUUGAACAAAAUGUGGUGUAGGCCUCAUAAGCAAAGGACUUUAGGUAUAAUUAAAAAAAACAGACUAUAAAAUUUGGGAUACUACCACGCAAAAAUGACAAAAAAAAUAGUUGAGGUGGGGAGGCAAGGGAUGGGGCUGCGGACCCCCUGGGGACCCCCGGACCCCUAACUGGGAACCACUGCUCUAGAGGCGCUGAUGAGGUACAUUUGGAUAAAUUAGGAGGAGAGCACAGGUUAGGAAGGGCUGUGUGACUGCUGCUGGUUUAGGAGAGGCUGGGUGAUGCUGGGCUGUUGUUGUCCAUACUGAGCCCCGGAGGCAUCUGCUUGCAAGGCUGUUUCUCCUUUUCAGUUACUACACCCCGCCCCAACAGGAAACACUCUUGCUUCCUCCCACACCCACAGCCACUUGUGGUUUCCUCAUAAUAUCUCCCGCUUUCAUCCCCUCUCUGCUCCCACCCCUCCUGGCUCUCCCUCCGCUCCUGGCUCCCCUGCUGCCUUCCCCACAGCCUCUUGCCUCUGCCUCUCACCUGGGGAUGGCGCACAAGUAGGUUGGGGAAGCAGGUUUAGCACCAAGGAGCCGUUCAGCCACAAGCUGACGUGGAUCUUGAUCCGUGUGCCCCUCCACUGUGUGUCGGGGGGGGGGGAGCAGAGUUGAGGCGGAAACUGGUGCACAGCAUGCUUGAGAAAUCUUCUCCAGGUGUGGGGAUUGCCACCCUCCAACUGCCCCUUUUCAGUUAGCUGAGGGAACCUGCAUCUCUGCAGGUUUUGUUGCUCUCCCAGCUUCCAUCAGCCCCCCAGCCAGGGUGGCUAAUGGUCAAGGAUCAUGGAGUUUGUAGUCAAGAACACCCAGAGGCAGACAGACUAUCCAACCCCUUCUAUAUCUGGUACAGAUGAGACUCAUGCCUGCUUUGAAUGUAUAUUGAAGGUUACUGAAGGGGCCGCUUCACCCUGUAUAAAAUUUGCAAAGAAUUUGCACACAGGCACAGUUCCGUGUAGCUUCAGUUAUGCAUCCAGAGGGAAGCUCUUCUCGGUUGCUUAUUAUGAGUGACAUGUAGGUCUCCUUCAUGUUCCUAUGUGGAAGUGCCUUCGGUUUGGGGACUUCUCUAACAUACAACUCAGACAUGAGUUAUUUCCCAGGGGGACCACGUGACUUAAGGCAAGCAUGCGCAAAACAGUUAUUUUUCUUUUUCUUUUUUAAAAAAGUGACCCUGCUCUCGUGCAUUUAACAGCAGACUGACAUGCAGAAAUUAAGAAUGUGAACCCUUCUGAUCUUUCUGAUCUUUGUGGGGCUUACUUCUGAGUAGGCAUGCAUGGGAUUGCACUGGGAAUGGUGGGAGAAACUUCUCCUGUAUAAACCUACUGGGCAUAUUCCAACUCCCGGGGAUAUUGAACGUAGCUUAUGAAACUGAAAUGGUUAUGCUUUCUUUCUUUUUUUUGCAAGAUGAAAAGAUUGAGAUGUGCCUUCUUAGAAAUAUCAAAAUCCCAGCUUGUUUUCUAGAAGUUUUCUGUAAAAAAUAAAUUGGAUGACUAUACCUGCUAGUUUUGUAUAAGGAGAGACUCUUUGUCUCUGACAGUGGUGUAAUGGGCAGAAAUCACCAGGUGAAAAUUUGUUUGGUAUGAAGAUGCAUGAUGCUAAAAGCUUCAAACUUGUUGAUUUCUUUCUCUUACAUUUGCUGUUAAAAUCACAAAGCCCUUGUCCAUAAAAAUCAGGAUUUGGUAUUAAUGUGCACUGGUAUAGAUGACUUUAAAAGCCAACUUGGAUAAAUUUGCAUAGAUCUUUGACUAGCUAUCCACCAUGAUAGAAGAAUGAAACCUCUAUAUUUGGAGUCAGUGUACUAAGUUUGGGGAAUGUUUUUGGACUACAGCUCCCAUCAUUCCUGAUCGUUGGCCAUGGUGGCUUAGUCUGAUGGAAAUUAUGUCCCACAAUAUACAGAGGGCGAGACGUUCCCUACCCUAGCAAUAUACCUGUGUACAUAUACAAUGAAUUUCUCUUCCCACCAUUGCUGAUUAGUCAGGGAUGGAAUGCAGGGCCCUGGCUUUCUGAGGGUGCUAAUUCAAGUGGGACCAACUGGCUGGCUUUGAAAAAGGGAAGCAGGGGCACACCUGGCCGUUGCAGCUGACAGUUGUGUGUUUUUCUUAGGUUUCCUGCUGUUCCGAGACUUCUGCCUAAACCAGGUGGAGGAAGCCAAACCACUGGUGGAAUUCUAUGAAGAGGUGAGGCCCUGAUUGUGCGUUGAGGGUGGUGGGAGAAAAUGCUCUAUUUCCUUCCGUGCCGUCAAACCACAAUUUCCUUCCUUGGCCUGGCACACAGACUCCCCUCUGACAUUGGUUCCCAAACUUGUCUUGAGCUGAGGAGUUGACUUUUCGAAGACCUGUUCAGAGGCCCCUUCAGGCCUUUUGACCCUCCUCUCAAAAAGCAUAUCUGAAUUCUUGUUCAAGGCAGCAUGACUGGAAGCGGUCAGGGGGAAAGGAUCUGGGGGGGGGGGGGUGACAGAAGGCAAGGCUACUGCAUCUCCCAAUUCAGGCUGGAAAACAAAUAUAUUGAAUUCCUGUGUUGCCUCUUCAGAGUGUGGUAGGUUCAUUUUGCCAUGGGUGGGAUGGGGUGCGGUGGGUAUCUGGAGAACUUAGAAGCUUAAAAAUGGGCAAAAUAUUUUAUUAGAGAAGGCAGGAGCCAGAAAGUUUUGCUGUGCUUUAUGCUUUCCUAUAGUAUUAUCCCUUUUAUGUGUAUGGUUUAUGUCAUUUGCCCUCUCAUAAUUUAAAAUAAAACUAGAUUUAAAGGAGAACAAUAAUAAUAAGGAGGAAAAGAAAAAUGCUUGCUGUGAGAUUUCAGCGCACUGCUCUCCCUGUAUCUCAGAGGUCGCCCACAGGGUGCCCUCCAGAUUUAGUUGGGCUCCGUCUCCAGUCCGCCUCAGCCAGCAUGGCCAAUGGGCAGAGAUGAUGGGAGUUGUAGUCCAGCAACUUCUGGCUACAGGUUCCCCAGCCCAGGUGUAAGCUCAGCUUUUGUCUCUUUGACUUUGUAUAUGCAUUCUAUGGCACAUUUUGUCAGCUGCCACCCAGCCCCUGUGGAAAAUGAUUAAGGGGGCAAGAAGAGAUUGCAAGCGCUCUCUCCAAGCACAGCCAUUAUUUGAGUUCUUUGGGUGCAAAACAUGGUCCACGUCGACCAUGUGUCUGUCUAUGCCUUCUGAAGGGCCUUACAGAGUCUGUAGUCGGUGGGUAGGUUGCUGAGCCUUGUUACCUCUCCCCUCGCCCCAUUCUUCAUAGAUCAAAAAGUAUGAGAAGAUGGACUCCGAAGAGGAUCGAGCUAUUAAGAGCCGCCAGAUCUUUGACACGUACAUCAUGAAGGAACUGCUGUCCUGUUCUCACGUGAGUGGCCCGAAUGCUUGCUGUCACAUGAGAGAGUCUGAAAAAACCCCUUGGCAAGAAGCAUCAUGUUUGCUUUGCAAUCCCAUUGAUCAAGAUUCUUUAAAAGAUAAUACUCCUCACAAUGGGAGGAGCCAGACUCCCAGCAUUGUCCAUUGUCUCACAGGCUGUGUACUCUCCCUGGCUCAAUAAUUGUCACAUACAACUCCCUUAGAACUACCCACCCCAGCUCUUAAUCUCCUUUUCACGACCUCACUUUCCUCUACCAUGCAUGGGAAAUGGCUCUUUCCUGUUCUGGGAUGACCUUCCCAUUAAUGAAUUGUAGGCAGCCGCUUAAGGCACCACCUUGUGCAAUGCACCAGCACCUUUGCUUCUCCCGUUACAGUGGCAGCAAACAAACCAUGGAUUCUUCCACCAUUAACCGUGGUUUCCCGUUUUAUCGGAACCAGGAGACCAUAGUUAACAUCUUCAGAACAAGCUAGCAUAUUAAGCCAAUUUCAAAACAUGGUUUUAUAUGGGGGGAAGGAGAUCACACUUCAGCCCAAGGGCCACAUUCCCUUGUGGGUAACCUUCCAAGGGCCAUAUGCCAGUUGGUGGGCAGGGCCAGAGGUAAAAUGUGGGCAGACUAGAUGGCCCUUGGGGGUCUCUUCCAACUCAAUAAUUCUAUUAUUCUAGGUUGCUGGGGAACAGUGGGUUUAGUGGGAGGUAGGGGCAGUGCAUGUGAGCCUUGCAGCAUAGCAGGAGGGAGGCCUUCAGGAAGUCCCAGGGGGACAUGAUGAGAGAUGAAACCAAGCAGCCACAGAGUCACACUUAUUGGUGUAAAGUGCUGGGCCAACUAUUGACAGUUUUUGAGGUAACCUGACACUUUUCAAGUUGUGCGAAGAGCAGGCAAACACUGAUGCCCCCAGUGCCGCAUGUCAAACUGCGAAGAGGAGUGAUUCAAAAUGAGAACGAAAAUGGCCUUCAUUAAGUGAUGCUCGGAAACCAAGAAAGUUAAUAAAAUGUGUAAAUGGAACAAUUUUAUUCUGAAUGGCCGACAGUCAUAACUGUACCGUGUCAGUGAUUCCCACAGACUGCUUCAAAAUUGCUGAGAGUCCUGGUGCAGCACUUUUUUUGGUCAAUUGUAGCAACUGUCAUGCCUUGUGCUAGAUGCUGUAUGAUUUUUUUAAUUGCACUUUUAUUGCUGCUUUUAUUUCUUGCUUUCAUUUUGCUCUAGAAUUCCAUUAACAUGAUCAGAUAAAGACAUGAAAGAAUGGCAACAAGUUAUUAAUGAAUUUAUCUGACACAAUAAAAAAUCCACAGCUGAAUGCUGUGGCAGCGUACAGACAGGGGUUCCAGCUGCCCUGUUUCAAUUGCUUCCUCCCCCUCUCACGUCAGGAUUUUCCUGCUCACCUUCAUUCCCACGUUUUGACUGUCUCUUUCUCUUUUUUUGCUGCUUCCUCUUCCUCUCACUCUUGUCUUUCAUGCUGCUAAUCCUCUCUACUCCUUUCAAGUGCCUUCUCCUCCCUUCACUUAUGCUCCUUCCCACUCACCUUUUGGUUAGACCACCAGUUCCUCAGAAGGAUGGAGCAGCUGCUGAGCCUGCCAUUCAUCGCUGCCACACCCGCCAUCUUUGGACUACCUGUUCAAAGCUUGCUGACCAUGGUGGUCUACAGACCGCAGUUUGGGAACCUUUGCUCUGUGUGUUUACUGGUAGUUUGAAUUGCUUGUUGUUGUUAAAACAGGGAAUUUUUAUUUUUUUUUUAAACCUGAUAGGUGAAAAGUGUUUGCCAACCCAACAGCAACAGGCUUGUGCAUCGGACAAAGGAGAUAAUUUAUUCUGUUUUCCUGACAUUUCCAUAACUGUUUUAUUUCUGCAUUAUAUUUCUGCCUUCAUGUGACGUAAACGAGCAAGUAACAUGGAAAUGAGUGCCAGACUUGUGCUAUAUUCCACUAUAUUUCUAGAAGCAGCUAGUUAGGGAAAUGCUGGGAAGAUGGAAUACAAUGUUACCUUGGUUUACGAACUUAAUCCGUUCCGGAAGUCCGUUCUUAAACCAAAGCAUUCUUUAACCAAGGCAUGCUUUCCCAGAGCAGCGGAGGACUCAAUUUACAAAUGGAACACACUCAGCAGGAAGCGAAACAUGUUCUUAUUCCAAGGCAAAGUUCGCAAACCAAAACAUCUACUUCCAGGUUUGCAGCGGUCUUAACCCAAGUCGUUCAUAAACUAAGCUGUUCUUAAACCAAGGUACCACUGUAAACUGCUGUGUGAAUGCAGCCAGUGCCUCUCUUUAACAUGUCCAAGAUUUGCCAGCCCUAUUCCUGACCCAGCUUGUAAGCCUUCCCCAAGCUUUGUGCCCCAGUCCUGUUGAUUUCCUUGUCACUGGGCUUCUUCGGUGGUCUCAGCAUUAGAGCUGGAAGUCAACCCAAGCUUUGUGCCCCGGGCAGGCACAAUAACUUGAUGGAAUGUCUCUUUGGACAGCGAUGCAUCCGGACUCAUUUCCUUUUUCUUGUGUCCUCUCACAGCCCUUCUCCAAGACUGCCACAGAAUAUGUGCAGAGCCGCCUCAGCAAGAAGCAAGUGCCGCCUGACCUGUUCCAGGUAAAUCCCUCCCCAUCGACUAGACCCUUGGGCUCAUCCAAUCUCGAACCUCAUUUGCCCCAAGACUGGAUGCACUUGCAUCGGUAGACAGGGGCUGAUGGAGCAUGAACUCUGGCCCAUUGCAACCAAUUUCUUCCUAGCAUGUGCAAGUGUCCCCACAGCAGGGGGGAUGGGACCUCUUUUCCUAUAACAUUCCCAAACCCAAAGAAAUGCAGACUCCAUUUCCUUACAGCACUUGCUGUUGAGGAUCUCAUGGGGAUUUCCACAUCACUGAGUCCCGCAGCGGCCAUGCGGAUGAGAACGGGGACCAGUGGGUGGAAAGCUUUAAUGGAUAGGUUUUCGGCAUUCAUUCCUCUCUGCCCACUCUUCUGCCAGCCAUACAUUGAGGAGAUCUGCGAGUGUCUGCGUGGGACUAUCUUCCAGAGGUUCAUUGAGAGGUGAGUGCUGAGGACUAUAGGCUGUCCACACGCAGAACCUGCACCAUGUUGCAGCGUGGUGUGCUCCUGUUUAAGGUGCCAGCCACACCUUUUCCAACGUACUCCAUUCCAUUCCCCUUCCCCCUUGUGCAUGGCGAAGCUUGAAAGAAGAUGAGACAGUGCCUUUGAAGUUUGCAGAUUUUCUUGGAAGUAAGCCCCUUUGAGCACCAUGGAACUUCCUUCUGAGCCAAAAUGCCUAGAAUCAAGCGAAGCAGGAGCGUGUUCUGUAGAUGGAAAGAAGGCUCUUAAGUUAAGCCUGCGCAGGGUUGUCUUGAAGGCAGGAUGGAAGUUAUAUGUAUGUGAAUGUUCCCUGUAUUUUCCCUUUCCCCUCCCUAAACCCACUGCUUCCUUCCCAUAAUACUGGGGUAUAGGAGCCUCUGUUAAGGGGCCGGGGGGUGUUAUUGGACUUGAAAGAGUUCUGGCACUGGGAUUUGAGGAGGGAUCCUUUGAAAGUGGUGAUACCCAGGGUUUGUCUUCCAGGGCCUGUGUGUUCUUUCUCUCAUUUCUUCUCCCGUCUGUUCUGUUUUAGUGACAAGUUCACACGCUUCUCCCAGUGGAAGAAUGUGGAGCUCAACAUCCAUGUGAGUGCCUGAGGAGGGAGGGCAUUCCUGAGAGCUGCGGCGAUAAAAAAAGAGCUGUCAAAAGACACUAAGCAUGGACCUGCCUGCAGCCACAUUGUUGCAGAAUGGCAAAGUGUAUAGGAUUUGCAAAGUUGCUGGUUGUGUAGUUGAUGGGAGGUUGGUGGUGUGUGGGGGACUAAUCCCUGUCUCAGGAAGUUCACCGAUUUAGUAGCUUCAGAGAAAACCAGGAUUACGAUCGUCUUCACUGGGUAAAUGAGAUGAGAGAAUUUGAGGGUUUCUUGUCCGUCAUGAGAGCUUGAGAAGCAAGCCCAGUUCUGGCUCCCCAAUAAUCCAAGAGCAACUACCCCUAAAAUGGGAUCCUCCGUACAAUUCCCAUUAGCCUCAGCCGGCACAGCCCCAUCUGGAGAACCUCAGGCUGGGGAAAGCUUUCCUAGCGAUACCGACAUGUGACACAAAAUAACCUUGGAUCAUAAUUUGAAAGCAGGAUAUGAGGAAAGGUCACUGUGGGUGAGAGGAGUGCCUGUGGAAGGCCAUUCCUUUCUAUGACGGGUAGACCCAGACCCCUGAAAGGGUAAAGGUGGUGCCAGCAACAUGUUAACGUUCUUGGUCUUGGUCUCCUUUCUCCCCCCCCCCAUCAUGUUUGUUCAUGCUCUCUGCCUUGUGGGACCCAGCUGACCAUGAAUGACUUCAGCGUCCACCGGAUCAUUGGGCGUGGCGGCUUUGGCGAGGUCUACGGCUGCCGGAAAGCAGACACGGGCAAAAUGUAAUGUUGCAAGAUUGGUUUGUCAAAUUGUUAUUCCAACAAUUAUCUGGGAGCCCAAGGUUGGUUAAGGAGACAAAGGGGGUUGCCAUGUGGCCUUUGGCCAUUGUCUUUUAGCCUAGCUUUGCUCCACAUCAUUGCUAUGAAGCUAUAUGAAGUAUUUGCACAUGGAAAUGAAAAAUGAUAUUAUCCAUCAUUCUCUUUUGGUUUGUAAUGGCCAUGUUGGUACUGGAGAACCAGGAUGGUACCCUCUGAUAUCUCAGCUCCCAGCCAGUCCUGCUUCUCCCUGUAACCAGCAUAAGUAGGCUUCUACUCACUGUCUGAGCCCCAAAUGCAAACAUAGCUUCCCAAGGGCCUUUCCUCAACUUGCCUUUAUUUUCUGGGGUACCAGAUUGGUGCCUGCGCUAAACUCAGAUUCUUCCAGUGCACGUAUGAAAUGUUAGGAAACACAGUUUCUGCCUUCAUGGAGUCAGUGUCUCAUAUUUUAUUCUUUAUUUACUGAGGUUUUGAGGUAGCUAACAGCAAAAUGGAGCAAAGCCGUUGAGUGUCAUCUUAAAACAAUAUAAUGAAAACAGCAGCAGCAUUCAUAGAGGAAAACUAGCACCCAGUCAAACAAGAGAGGAAGCAGAUAUCAUUAAAAAGUGGGUCAGAUACAAUAAGGACGGGUUUAAUCCAGGUGUUUAUUGCUUAGGGGGUGGCAGGUUCAGAGAAUCAUAGGGCUAGAUCCAGAGUAAGUCUAUUGCAUUGAAGCCCCAUUGACAUAAAUGUGAAAAAAUUAGUCAUGACUUAGGGCUUAUCCAGACUUCGCUUGUCCCGCUGCUUUCACCCAGGAAAACCUGAUCUUUAGUGCUGAAUUGGAGCAAACGCCAAAAAAACCUGGAUGAAUCAGGUUUUCUGCGGAUUAAUGUUUGCUCCAAUUCAGCGCUAAAGAACCAAGUUUUCCUGGGCAAAUGGAAAAUUGCUCAGACCUGUGCUCUUUAGGCAGGGAAGUGUGGACAAGCCCUGGGUGAAGUCCCACUGAUUCCAAUGGGAACUGGGCUUGUCUGUCUUGUUUUGGAUCUAGCCCAUCAAAUGUUAGUGUUGAAAAGAAGCCAUCUCAUCAAGGUCCCCAGCUCAACCCAAGAACCUUACAAUGCAGAAUCUACUAACAGGCAUACUUGGCAGUUCAGCCUUUGUUUCAAUACCCCAAGUGCAGGAGAGUCCACCCACCCCUGUCCCCCACAAAGGAAGGCUCUUCUCAUAUAGGGGGAGCACAGUGAACAUUAGCAGACAUCCCAGGGACACCUGUGGUAAAUCUCCUCUGUGGGAAACCAAAGAAGUGUUAGGGGGAGUUUAGUCAUAGCAGGUGACUCAGGACUCAGAUGGGGGUCGUGAUGGGUGUAAUUAAGGAAGUGCCAAGUGAAUGAGUUUGGUAGGUUUCCACAAAGGAGGCGCACAGGCUGUUCUGCGUGGAGGGAUAUCGGCAGGGGCGAUUCCCUGGGAAGCAGCAAGACCUGGCGAGAGCAACACCGCAGGGUUAUAGCCUCUUCUUUCUCCUUUGACAGGUACGCCAUGAAAUGUCUGGAUAAGAAGCGCAUUAAGAUGAAGCAGGGGGAGACACUGGCCCUGAACGAGCGCAUCAUGCUCUCGCUUGUCAGCACCGGGGUGAGUCUGGCUACAUUGAGCAGCUGGGGGUUGGGAGGCAGAGAGUAGGCAAGACCCGGAGUCUGCCCAGUCCAAGAGGGAGGGGAAAGAGAUCUGUCAAGUGGGCAGAAGCGAAUGCUUGGGUUCCUGUAUUGUGCUUGCAAUCAAAGCUAUGAUAAUGCCGGUAUAGACAUGGCAGGUAUUUUGAAGCACACACUGGUAAUUAAAGGCAGGGGGGAGGGAUGACGGUGAUGAAGUGUGCUGGAGGUGGCAUUGAGCAUGUGGCUGGGAGUGUGAUGCCUGCAGUAAACUAGCAGCACGGCUGGGAUGUGUGUAGGCAGCGCAGCAAAUUAUUAUGCGCACGGAAGGGGAGGGGAGGCAGUUCAAUGUGCGCAACGGCAGGAGGAGGAAAGGAGGGGAAGAGAGAGGGGCAGGGCGGGGGCGCCGUGCACAAGGGGCAUGGGGGAAGACAGGGGAGACCACCAUAGGGGUUUGUGACAAGUAUGCGUGGGUGGGGGAGGCGGGGCAAAGGAGCCGACAGGUGACGUGACGGCUGUGUAGGAGUCGGUGGAAAACCCACGGCAGAAAAUGGGGGGCGGGAGCGAGGGGUUAAUGGAAGAGCUGGCAGAGGGAAGGAGGCAGUGGCGACGUGUGAGGCAAGAGGCCGAGGGCCCUGUUGAGCAAUCUGUUCCCCCACGGUUAUCAGAUGCAAGCGUGCUUCUGUGUGUAGGGGAACUGUGGUAGGAAGCAUGCAUGUGCGAGGCAUGAUUCUGAGAGCGCAGAAGGGAAACGUGGAGCUUUCAGGAAGGCCUGUGGAUUCCGGGCGUGAGCAGAACGUAGAGCGAGGGAACUCGUUCAUGCACAUGUGCAUGCAGACUUGGUGAUUCAUUUCUGUAUUUUUCCCCCCUCUCUUUUUUCCCUGCUGUGACUUGGUUCCUCGUGUCUCUGCCAGGAUUGCCCCUUCAUCGUGUGCAUGUCGUAUGCCUUCCAAACACCUGACAAGCUCAGCUUCAUCCUGGACCUCAUGAAUGGUGAGAGCCAGAACCCAGCCUGUAGAGAGCCUCUGCCUCUCCCCCUCCCCUCCCCUCACAUGCUUCUCGAAGGGAUCCACACACAGAGGCAUCCCUGCCUCACCACUACGCCCCUCCCCCGAUACUCAGGUUGUGUGCCUCACAUGGCUGUCUGCUCCGUUUCCUGCAGGGGGUGACCUACAUUACCACCUCUCCCAGCAUGGGGUCUUCUCCGAGGCAGAGAUGCGCUUCUACGCAGCAGAGAUCAUCCUGGGGCUGGAACACAUGCACAACCGCUUCGUGGUGUAUCGCGACCUCAAGGUGAGCAAAUGCCCCCCCCCCCCCGAAUGCUGCAUCGUUCAACAUCCUAUAUCUAGAUGUUUGUAUGUCGCCUGCCAGGGCUACGCAGCCCUUUUGAGGCAAUGGGUGUCGUCAAACAAUUAAUUAAUUAAUUGCAGCAUUUAUUCCCUGCCUUCCCUCCAAGGAGCUCUAGGGGGCUUACAUGCUUCCUUCCCCCACCCUGCUCCCCAUUUUACCCUCACAGCAACCCUGUGAGGUAGGGGAGAGAGAGAGAGACAGACAGACAGACAGACAGACAGACAGACUGGCCCAAGGUCACCCAGCAAGCUUCAUGGCUGUGUGGGUUGGGAUUUGAACUCCCCCCCCCCCACCUGCUAACAACUAUGCCAAGCCGAGCUACACCAGGUUAAGAGAAUAAAAUUCAAAGAAGUCUACAAACCUGGUUUUAAAAUGGAGAGAGAAAAACCUCACCAUAGGCUUCUCUUUCCACAAAGAGAGGCAAUUUCUGCCUUCAGCGUGGGGUCCCUCGGUGUUGCACCCGCACCCACCGAAAAGAGAGUUCUCUAGUGCACUCUGACUUCGUGGCAGCUGCCUCUUACCCAGAGCCGUGCUGCCUCCUCCUCCGCCGUAGAAGCCAGGACUGUGCUGUGUGCCAUGAGUCGUUCAGGGUGGCAGCAUUCCUCACUGGGGAAUAUUGGGAUCUCAAGUUCUAACAUCUCUUUCAGAAAAUGUGAGGCUUGAAAGUGUUUUUUAUUUUACUGAGGGAGAUUGUUGCCUUGAUGGAAGUGCACUCCCACUCAAAAUGCCUUGGGAUUUGGUACUGUGGGUUAUCAAAGCUCCUUUUGACAACCCACUCGUCACUGUUGCAGGUUGAUCCAAAGCAGGGCAGGAUCUUGCGAGGUUGCUUGUCUUUUCCGUAUCAUGACCUCACUAUGCUGCUCUUCAAAAUUAAGCAUACCCGCUGCAGGAAUUGCUCCCUCUGCUUCAUCGGUGCUGCUGCAGAGGCCCAGGCCAAAGGAUGAAGGAGGAGGGUUUAUUCUCUCCCCUACUUUCCCCAGCAAAUCCUCUCUUCCCCCUAGCUGCCAUUCUUUGCUGCUCUUGUUCCCCCUGCAGCCAGCCAACAUCUUGCUAGAUGAGUUUGGCCAUGUGCGUAUUUCGGAUCUGGGGCUCGCCUGUGAUUUCUCCAAGAAGAAGCCUCAUGCCAGCGUGUGAGUAUCAGACAGGAAUCUAAUCCUCGGCCAGCAGCUCCGUUCUCUGUAUCUGGACCUAAAACUGCUCCCGUCCCAGGAAUUGUGGGUCUUGAUAAAUGUCAGAACACCUUUCCCCCUUCUCCCCCAGCUGCAGGGUGAGCUACUGGAAGUUCCUCCACUGUUGCUUCCUCUAGCUUUCUAUAGGUGUUAAUUCCUGUAUUAUCUGGGGAUCACAAUAUCACUUGUUCAACAUCCACUCAUUUGCCCUAAGGCCUCUGUCCAGUAAUGGAGACCCAAAAUAUGGACCACAAAACUGGAACCUACGGAUUACAGGCCUCAGAUUCCGGUAGUGGAUUCCUCUGCAAAGGGCCUUUCUGAUUCUGGGGUGUGUAGGAUAGAAUGAGCUAGUUCAGUCCCAAUUCUUGGGAGAUGCCGGUGUUGCAAGGAAAAUGGCCCCACUCUAACUUUUUCUGCUUGGAACCACUCGUAUUUUGUGGGGAGACAAUUCCUACAGGCCACAACUGUGGUUUAAAGGGGCAUUGUAAGGAGGAAUUAGUACCUGCCUCCAUUUACAAGCACAUGCGUACCCAGAUUCAUAAGCGAAUGCUUCUCCCACGUAAAUGUGUGUAUUUCGUAAGUGUACGUAGCUCUAUUUGCCACUGGCCUGGGUGUUUAUUUUUCCUGUGUGUUUAUUUUUUGAAAAGGAUUCCUUACCCAUUGAUCUGUCCCUGCUGAGCGCCCCCCCCCCCUCGGCAGGUGCUGUGCUGUCUUUUGUAACUCUCAGUUUCCCUCCACCCCUGCAGUGGCACACAUGGGUACAUGGCGCCAGAGGUGCUGCAGAAGGGCGUUGCCUAUGACAGCAGUGCUGACUGGUUCUCUCUAGGCUGCAUGCUCUUCAAACUACUGAGGGGGUAAGUGGGGGAGAGCCAAGGUGGAGAUGAGUUUGCAGGGAUGGGGGUGGGAAGGAGGCCUAGCUGGCAGAGGGAGCCGUGGUUGAAUCCAGAGGGUGCUGGGUUGGAUUGAUUGCGAUGGGAAUGGCAAGAAUUGGAAAAAAAUCACACUGAGAUCUACAGGUAUUGGGCGCUAUACAAAUUUAAUUAAUUAAUUAAUUAAUAAAGAAGUGUUAGGGGGUACCUGUGAGGCCUGAGUCUCCUCCUGAUGCUCUCCUGGCUCUUCUUCUCAGGCAUAGCCCCUUUCGGCAACACAAGACUAAAGACAAGCACGAGAUCGACCGCAUGACGCUCACUAUGGUAAGGAAAUGUCGUCAAGCUCAGUCAGGGAUUGGCCUGGAUCCCAAAGCUUCCAGGUGCUGAAUUAUUCCCCUCCUGCCCUUCGGGUCUCCGAAAUCUCAGAACUUCCCUUUGCCAGUUAUCGGAGUUAUGCCCAUGCUUUGUAGAGCCUGGCUGACCUAUACUACAUGUCAACUUGCCAGUUUCAUGUGUACUUAGCACAUCUUCCCAAAUAGAUUCAGCAUUUUGACAUGAGGUUUUUCCUGUGCCGAACCCCCAUUAUUCUCUCUCGAAGUCAAAUAUCCCUACACAUCAGACCGGGUCCAUUUCCGUGAGUUCCAGCGCCCUCUGUUUGGUUAGCUUGGUGGCUCAGUGUGCGCGUUUGUGUGAGGGAAGGAGGGAAAUGGGUAUGCAGAAUUAAAUUUCCCACUAUCACUGUAAGUUAUGCUACUGUCUGAAGAACAUGAAUAGAUCAGGGACCUUCUAUUUUUAGCACCGCACAGAGAAAUCACAAAGAAAUUCCCUUCCCUAGAGAACGUGCAGAGACUGUAAGCAGAUGCAGUUUGGUUGAACUCAACAAUUACUGUUUGGCAAGGCAAGCGGCACAACUCUUGCCAAGGUGUCAGGCUGCUAAGCAGUCUCAGGCAAAGGUGCCAUUAGAAAUUUCUGGGCUGGGCAUAAAAAUGCUUUGUGCCAGUCCAGGGUGCGGCUGUCGGGAAAAGGCCCUUCCUCCAUGCCUUUGGUGUACAGCUGUGGUGUGGCUGCAACUAUUUGCUGUUGAGGUUAAUUCAGGGCAUGACUUAUACAAAGUGUGUGGCAGGGGUGGGGUUCCCUCUUCAUUUAGCAAAAGUUUAUGGGUGGUUCUGAGGACUGCUGCUGCAGCUGCUGUUUCUAGAAAGUCCUAGAUUUCGAUUCUUCUUCCAGCAGAGCUCAUGUGUAUCACCCUAGAUUUCCGUGAGGGUGUAGGAUCCCUCCCACAGCCCUUUUUGCACACAGUAGAACCGGGUAAUGCCAACAGCGAGGGGAAGAGGGAGGCAAUAUUGAUCAUCAUGACAGACUCAGGUUUCGAUGCAUCAGCUGCCUAACUGUUUGACAGGCUUUUUGAGGCCUCAUGGUGAGAUGGGAGGGAGCCGAAUGGGGUUUAAGGUGCAUAAGAGGCAGCUUUGGAUGUUUGGAAUAGCCAAGUCACUUUUAUCGUGCAAGGCAAGUUGUGGAGAAAUUGUGCUUGUGGGCAAACUUAAAAUAGGUGGGCAAUUAAGAUAGCUAUUUUCAGAUCCGUGCUUGCAGCGGUGGAGGAAGGGGGCGCAGGGGGUGCGGUUCACCCCGGGUAUCAUCACGGGGGGGGGUUUUGACAAAAAUGAGUUUUUUUUUAAAAAAAUGGGCUCAUGAAACUUUUUAGGCGUGACGUGGUGGCUUAGGCGCCUGCAGGUUCCGCGCUGCCUGAAACGGCAGCGUGGGACUAGCCUCUGCCUACUGCCUUUCCCUCAGCCAUCCUACAGCUGAGGGGGAGGUGGCGGAGAGGUUCCAAGCGUUGGAGAUGCUCGUCCCGCCCCCAGCUGCAGAAUACGCCCCCGCACCAGGCACCCGAGUUGCUAGGUAUGCCGCUCUGUGUGUGUGUGUGUGUGUGUGUGUGUGUGAGAGAGAGAGAGAGAGAGAGAGAGAGAGAGAGAAUGUUUCACAGCUGGGUUGGCAUUUGAUAUUAAAACACCUUUUCUUCUGAUGACAACUAAGGAGUCCUUUAGCCCACUGCCUCUCUCUCCUACACCUCUUGCCAGGAGUGUGAUUCUGUUGCCACUGGAUGAAAGUUGUCUUUCCUGAGGAUUCUCUGUGGGCUCCAGGACUAGGAGGGCCUGUCCCUUCUGUCAUAAUGAAUGAAAUAAACUGACCCAAUCGUUCUGCACAGCUUUGAGCCAUGGGGACAGAUUAGUGGGAAUGAUGCCCCUAGAUACCAAAGGACAUUCUUCCUGUACAAUAGGGAUGAGGAAACUGUGGCACCUCCUCCCAAUGUUGCUGGACUGCAGUUCCCAUUAUCCCUGAACAUAGGCCAUGCUGGCUGAGGCUGAUGGGAGUUGGAGUCCAACAGUAUCCAGAGGGCCACAGGUUCUUAAACCCUGGCAGGAUCUUUCUUACUCCAGAUCCUUCCCAUCCCCAUUUCCAUGAUUAACAUCCAGUGCCCUUUUAAAAUGUGAUGGGCAAGGGGUUGUUUUUGUAAACACUAUGUAUAUUGUGUUUUUAUAUUGUGGUUUUAUGUUGUAACCGCCCUGAGACCUGCGGGUGUAGGGCGGUGUGCAAAUGUAAGAAUUAAUAAUGAGAAUAAUUCUGCCCUUCUCGUUCCCACAGGCUGUGGAGCUCCCAGACUCCUUCUCACCUGAGCUGCGCUCUCUGCUGGAGGGGCUGCUGCAGAGAGAUGUGAACCGUCGGCUGGGUUGCAUGGGCCGCGGGUGAGUCUCCAGGGGGAACAGCUGAAGCGCCUGGAUGGGCUGUAGGGCAGGGAUGUUGGUGGGGAGUGAGAUUCCUGUGGCCCUCCAGUUGUUGCUGGACUGGUUGGUCAGCAGUCAGGGGAAACUGUAGCCCAAGCGCAUCUGGGAGGCCAUUGGUUGGCUGAGGGGAUUAAGUUGCCCAACCUUCUUAUACAAAGAAUGCUUUCAGAAUUAUCAGUGGAGUGGAGUUUUGUUGUUUGGAACACAGCUAAGAAUACUUCAGCCCUUCUCGUUUGAAAAAAAACAACCUGGGGAAAUGGACAAGCAUGCUAUUUCCAGGUGCUCUGGUUGCCACAACAAGGGCAGGUUUAAAAUACAUAUAUAUAUCACACUAUGAGACCAAGAAGUGCCUUCCAUUUUUAAAAAGUAUUUAUGGGACAGGCUUAACAUCCUGCUGUUAGCUUAGCUUUCCCAGGCUCCCUGCUUGCCCUGUUCCUCAGGUUCAGAUUGAAGCCACAAUCUGAUAACUCAAAUUUAGAUGACCUUGAAGCAGAGGAUGUACUGCGGGAGCUAAGGAAUGCUCCGGCAACGUUAUUCCUUGGUCGGCAAUGCUCUGGGCUUUCCAUGUAGUACCCUGUUCAGUGCAAGACCUAAGAUAGGAUCUGGAAUUCAAAGAAUCACAGAGUUUGCUUGCUUUAAAAAAUCCAGUUUAUGGCUUUUAAUGGUUGCAGAGAAGCAAUCUUGGAAGCCGCAUCUGGGGACCUAAUUGGCUGCUAUGUGCAAAAUGUGCGCCUCAUGUUACCCUGCACCAGAGCAGUCUGUCUCUCCCCCCUGCUGUCUUUUAUUCUCCAUUAUUUCGGAUUUUGUUAGCCUAGUUUUGAUUUUUCUCAAAACAUAAAAUUUUCUAUCACAACACUUUUCAGGUCUUUUCAGAGCUAUGAAUCGUUAUUACUCACUUGCAUAUACAAUAUCUGUUGUAGGGAGAAUGGCGGAUGGGAGUCCCUGCCUAGGUACUUGCUGAUUCACCCUUUCAUAAAAUAAUAAUGGAGCAAAUUAAACAAUCCUGCCCCAGAAUAGGCUAUUCUCAACUCUUGUGAUGAAUAUAUAUAACCCAGAAACUGACGUGUCUCAUGUAGGGACAAAUCAGCUUUGUUUACAUCCUGCAUCUGAUGAAGUCGGCUCUUUCCUAUAAACGUUUGUGCUACGAUGAGUCACUUAGCCUCUAAGGUGUGAUGUGCAGACUUCGUGUUAACAGCGUUCUGUGGCUAGGCAAUCCAAGUUCUGUGUCAACAAGAGCUGUGUUCUUUGACUUGUAUAUAAGAGGUUUGCACAUUUUCUCUUAUCAAUCACAGUUUCUUCUGAGCUUUUGCUAUUUUUGCAGAAUUUGCUCUGGUUUUCUUUUUCCAUGGAGAGGCAAUAAGCCAUACAGAGGACUGAAGCUGCCCGCCCCUGAACCUCUGAUCAUCUUUCUCUAGGUUCUGAGUUUUUAGUAAGCAUAGCUCACAUACUUUCAAAUAUAUAUUCAAAACCAUUAGGACUACAGACUUGCCUGCCUUAAAAAUGAGAUCUGAACUUUUCAGAAAGCUGGAUUCUGGGCACAGAAUCCAGCUUUCUGAGAAGUUCAGAUGUGCCCUUCUUCUGAGCACCUGCAAAAUUGCAGCAUUUGCACAGCCCUACCUUUAAGUUGCUCGAUGUCUCUCUUGUCCUUUGUUUGCUGUAACAAAACAGAACAGCAACCUUUAAGUUGCUCAAUGUCUCUCUUGUCCUUUGUUUGCUGUAACAAAACAGAACAGCUCAGGGUUGUUGGGUUUUUGGCGGUGGGCAAAGAAGGCACACCAGGCUGAGUUAAUCUAGGUGGUAAAAGUCAAGAGCUGCAGAUGUGGUUAGGCCAAGCUAAAUCCUGAUGUCCUUUUAAACAAAACAAGUUUUCCUUCAAAGGAAAUGGCUCAGCUGUUAGAUGAACAUAAAGGCAGCAUUCCAGUUCUAUGUGACUGUUCAUGAAGAAGCUGCUGUUCCCAAGCUUUUCUCUAGCCCCUAACUCAGGUAGCUGACAAGAGAUAGUAAUGAACAGCACCCAGCCUCCCUCCCCAUUGACCAAACUAGCUGGGGCUGAAGGAUGUAAUAGUUCAUACCGUCUGGUGGGCACUGCAUUGGCUACCCCUGCCCUAACUAUUCAGUGGUUAAAGGGAGAACUCUAUGUAAUCUGCAACCGUCUUUCCAACAGGGCGCUUGAGGUGAAGGAGAGUCCCUUCUUCCAGGGUCUAGACUGGCAGAUGGUUUUCCUCCAAAAGGUGAGCAGGGCAGUUGGGAAGACAGUAGAGUUGCUGGGGAUAAAGACUCUGCUCGGUCAUCAUGAAUCAUAGAGUUGGAAGGGACCCCAGGGGUCAUCUAGUCCAACCCCCUGCAAUACAGGAAUCUCCAAUAAAGCAUCCAUGACAGAUGGCCACCCAACCUCUGCUUAAAAACUUCCAAUGAAGGAGAGUCCACAACCUCCCGUGAGAGUCUGUUCCACUGUUGAACAGCUCUUACUGUCAUAAAGCUCUUCCUGAAGUUUAGUCGGAGUCUCCUUUCUUGUAACUGAAUCCACUGCUUCAGGACCUAGUCUCGAGAGCAGAAGAGAGCAAGCUUGUUCCCUCUUCAGUGUGACAGCCCUUUAGGUAGUUGAAGAUGGCCAUCAGGGAAGGAAGGAAUUGUAAGGGAUAAGCAACUCUCCUCUGCUCCUCAGUUGACUCCCCCCCCCCAUGUCUUCACAGUAUCCGCCCCCCUUGAUCCCACCACGCGGGGAGGUGAAUGCAGCUGACGCUUUUGACAUUGGCUCAUUUGAUGAAGAGGACACCAAAGGCAUCAAGGUAUGUGGGGGGCAGCCCUUAACCUACUCUCUGCUAGGGCAGCUGCAGCUUCCUCCUCUGCUCUUUGGUUUGAACAUACCUCUACUUUAAUAAAUAAUAAUAAUAAUAAUAAAUGCAUCUCCCAUUUUUCUUCCAAACGUGGCUCUCAGAGCAGGUUUAAUUACAAAUACACGGUGAGGGCUUCAGCAGCAGCGCUAAUGGGUGGAACUGCAUUGUAGGAUGCAAUACUAUGUUCUGCUACUAGGGAAUAGGAUAAUGCAGACAAAUGAAUGUUACUGGAUUGAUUUGACAAAUGAAUGUUACUGGACUGAUAUGUUGGCUUCAGUCCAUCUAGUUCAGCACCUUGUCUCCGACACUAAGGCCAGCCACAGACCACUGGGAAGCUCACAAGCAGAGCAUGAUGGAGAUAAACACCCCUUCUCUCCCCCCCCACUCGCCUCCAGUAGUUGGAGCUAUGCUGCCUCUGAACAUAGAGGUUUCAUUUAUCCUGGCGAACAGCCAUGCGUGUGUUUAAACCUUUGAAGAGCUACUUGGGUAGUGGCCAGCAUGUCAUCUUUGGUAAUGAAGUCCACAAAGUAAAUAGCACAUAAGACGGGGAUGUUCAGCGUUAGCCAAACUAUUCCUUAUAUGUGGAAGAAGUUUGUCAUACGAUUGCUGCAUCCCCUAGAACCUAAAUCUACUGUUCUGAACAGCAAACUCUGGGAGUGUUUUGAGACAUGUCUAACAAUCCAGUGGUUCUCCAAAUGCCUUAGGUACGAGGGCAAGCAGAAUUUUGUGUAGAGGGGUUUACCGGACUGAGAAAAGUUACUUGACUUUAAGCCAAAGCGAGUUGCAAAGUAAAGAACAGAAAUCACACACACACACGGCAAUAAAGAACUUUACAAUGUGCAUUCAUAGAUAAAUAUACGAAGCAUGUACCCCACUAAAAGGAAGACCAAAAAAAGAGGCAACAGACAUAACUAAAUAACCUCCAAAUGAAGGCUUGAGGGGCUGGGUAAAUAAAACUGGCACCUAAAGGCAAACAAUGAUGGUGCCAAGCUUGCUUCCCUUGGGAGAGCAUUCCACAACCAGGGAGCCACCAUUGAAAAGGCCCGUUCUUGUGUCACCACCCUCUCUGCCCCUCUUGGGGGGAGCACACACAGAAUGCCCUCAGAUGAUGAAUGCAGGACCUGGGCUUGUUCUGGAGGGGAGACCUCUUUUAGGUGGUGGGAUCCUGAGCUGCAUAAUGGUUCCCCCCACCUCUGCAGGCAGGAUAGGAUAGGUGUUGUGUCUGAGUUGGUUGGGAGAGAACUGGAGAGAGCUGAGAUCAGCUGGGAAGUGAUUAGGGAAAACCUGGUGGGUUUCAGUUUUAGUGCCUAGAAGAGGCGAUGUAAGUCUGGGAAGGUGGAGAAGUGUAGAAGGCAGAGCCGGAGAGAAUAUCCAUGUCAAAUACUUAAGAUAGAAAGGAAGAAGUGGGACUCAUCCCAAACCUCCACAAUAGAAGAAUGCUGCUGGAUCAGACCAAAGGCCUAUAGUUCUGCAUGCUGCUUCCCAGUCGGAUAGGCCUCUUAGAAGCCCACAAGGGGGGGACGAGGGCAGUAGCCCUCUCUUGCUGUGGUUUCCCUGGCAGCUGAUAUUCAGAGCAGGGGGACUGUGCCUGUUACCCUGGAAACAAGGGCAACGUGGCUCACUUCUCAUUCCAGCUGUUGGACAGUGACCAGGAGCUCUAUCGCAACUUUCCACUCACCAUCUCGGAGCGUUGGCAGCAGGAGGUGACAGAGACCGUCUUUGACACAGUCAACGCCGAGACUGACAAGCUGGAGGCUCGCAAAAGAGCCAAGAACAAGCAGUUGGGCCACGAGGAAGGUGAGACCCAGGGCUGGUAGGACAAGUGGCAGUGGGUUUCCUCAUCCAGGCUAGCUCUGCUCCAUGACCAAGUCCUCCUCAGCCGCCAUUGCCACCCAGCAUCCAGUUUGCAGGGCACCUGCUUUUGGACACUCUUUGCUGCAACACCCACUAUGGAGAGAAGACAUGGCUGGAUGACUUGGGUUGUUUCCCCCUGAACUGUUCCCUUUGGUGUCUCCUUGUUUUGUUUCUUGUGGGGGUUUUUGUUUUGUUUUUGCCUGUCCUUGAUUCUCUUCUCUUUGCCAUUCCGUACACAGAUUAUGCCCUGGGCAAGGACUGCAUCAUGCAUGGCUACAUGUCAAAACUGGGGAACCCUUUCCUCACGCAGUGGCAGAGGCGGUACUUCUACCUCUUCCCAAAUCGGUUGGAGUGGCGUGGAGAAGGAGAAUCCCCGGUAAGAGGAGAUCUUUCCUCCAAGGAAGGAGGGGAGGGGAUAAUGGCAGGUUUGGGGUGAGGGUGGAGAGUGGAGAGUCUUGCUAUAUACAAGUGUGAGAGCCUAGGUUUGUCUCAUAUGAGUUGGGGGGGGGGUAGGAUUAGGCAUUGAUUGCAGUUCCUGGGGGAUGGGAUUAUGUGGAGGGAUGUAGAAUGCAUGUUUAACCUGGGGUUAUAUAAGUGGCUCUUUCUUUGACCAAAGAUGUUUUGGACCCUACAACAGCAGUCGCUGCUCACCAUGGAAGAGAUCCAGACUGUUGAGGAGACACAGAUAAAGGAUCGAAAGUGCAUCCUCCUAAAGAUCCGGGGUGGCAAGCAGUUUGUCCUGCAGUGUGACGUGAGUUUUUCCUCACAUUGCCUCUCCUAGAAGAAAGUCCAGAGGUUGCCAAAAAUUGGUGAUGGGCAGCCCCCAGUUUCCCUUGGCAUGGUUUGAUGACUGGACAGGACUUAGGAUAAUAUAGCACAUGUUGACUGUUUGAAGUGUUUCACGUACAUUAUCUCAGUGAUUCUUACAAGGCCUUUGUAAGACAGGGGACCAUUGUUGUCCCCAUAGUGCAAAUGGGGGGCGGGGGCUGAAGCUGAGAGAGAACUUUGCUUGCAAAACCCCACCCAGUGAAUACACGGCGGAGGCAAGAUUACAACCUGAGGCUUCCUGAUUUCACGGCACUGUGGUCUAACUCUAAACCACUGAGCCCUAGGGCUUGCCAAUUGGAAGGUCAGUGGUUCGAAUCCCCACAACGGGCUGAGCUUCCGUUGCUUGGUCCCAGCUCCUGCCAACCCAGCAGUUCGAAAGCACGUCAAAGUGCAAGUAAAUAAAUAGGUACCGCUCUGGCAGGAAGGUAAACGGCAUUUCCGUGCACUGCUCUGGUUCGCCAGAAGCGGCUUAGUCAUGCUGGCCACAUGACCUGGAAGCUGUACGCUGGCUCCCUCAGCCAGUAAAGUGAGAUGAGUGCCACAACCCCAGAGUCGUUUGCGACUGGACUUAACUGUCGGGGUCCUUUACCUUUACCUUUUUAUGCUACACUAGUUCAUGGUCUUAUUUCUGUACCUGGCAUUAAUAAAAAUCCUGCUGAGGUCACAUUCUACAUGUUUGGCUGGGCUUGCCUAAACAAAACUGUGUUAAGUAGGCGCUGAAAAGAAUGCAGCCUGAUAUCAAUAAGCAGGGAGUUCCAAAGGGUUGAGUACUGCCACACUGAAAGAGCAAUUUCUUACAAAGGGCUUUUUGUGACACCUGUAAUGGUGCCAGUUCCACAGAUUGAAGCAAAGUAGACUACAGUGGUACCUCAGGUUACAGACACCUCAGGUUACAAACACUUCGGGUUACAGACUCCGCUAACCCGGAAGUAGUACCUUGGGUUAAGAACUUUACCUCAGGAUGAGAACAGAAAUCACAUGGCGGCGGCAGCGGGAGGCCCCAUUAGCUAAUGUGGUACCUCAGGUUAAGAACGGUUUCAGGUUAAGAACGGACCUGCAGAACGAAUUAAGUUCGUAACCAGAGGUACCACUGUAUUCCCAAGCUGUUAAAGGCUUUAUAUAUAAAUAGUAACACCUUGAAUGGUAACAAAUCAGCAACCAGUGCAGAUCUCAGAACAGAAGUGUAAUAUGAUGGCAGGAUCUCCCUCCAGUCAGCAGCCAUGCUGCAGCAUUCUGCAUUAACUGCAAUUUCUGGAUCAAGCACAUGGGAAGGUCCACAUAGAGUACAUUGCAGCAGUAAUUCAGCCUUGAAGUCAAUCGUGCCUGUGAUUAAGCUCUCCUGGUCCAGGAACAACCAUAGCUGUUAUACUAUGUGCAGCUGGUAAAAGGUCUUCUAGCUGCUUAGGGUACCAGAAGCACUAAAAAAUUGUGUGCUUGCCCCUUCAAGAAGAGAGCAACUCCAUUCAAGGUGGGCAAAUGACAAAUUUCUCUGACACAGGAAACACCCACGGUGCCUUCAUCCUGCUAGGGUAGAUCGAUAGUGAAGGGGGCUUGAAGUUUGCAGCUUGUUUUAGUCACUUGGAGGUAUUAGGCCAACACCUUUCUGAAGUUGUAUUCUUGAUUUGGUAGGUUGUUCUGGUCAGAUGAGAUCAGGGGAAGGGUGGAUGGUCCUUUCUUGCAGUUGAAUCAAAUUUGAACCCUCAGGUGUAGGAUGAAUCAGAGGCACAAGUAUCUUGUAGCUCUUGUGUUUGUUUCUCAUUCAAAUCUGAAACAGAUCUUUUCAAGUCUACCCUCACAAGGGGGUGAGCAAGUGUGGGGAGCUUAGGAGAGCCAAAAGAGGAGAUAAGAGUGCGAUGACAGAGCAGAAACAGGAAGUGUAAAACAGUUGUGCGUCCUGUUCUCCCUAUUUAACUCGAUGGCCUGUGUUCCCUUCCUGUUCUGUGAUUUCUUGAAUUCUAUGGUCACGAGGUCCCCUACAGGCUACUGGAGGAGGGGGAGCCCCUUCUCAAUCUAUGGGGAGGGGGAAUGUCCUGUUCAGUUAAGAAAGCUAGUUCACGUUUUAGAAGACUAUAAAUAGGGCGGUGUGUGCUUUGCAUCAAAAGGGGAAGAAAUUUCUCUACAACCAGAAUAAUUAUAUGUAUUCAUCAGAUGUACAGAAUAUAGCUGAAGCUGCAUAAUUCUCUUAGAACUUGUUCAAGCCUAGAGGAGUUGGAGUAGCGUGUGUUAUUGUAUUGGGAGGCAAGGACUUUGCGUGGGUGCAAGAAAUUUAUCCCUUUGCUGGAAAACCCAUCUGCAGUGCAAUCCUAAACUUGCCUACUCUGAAGUUGGCCCCACUAAUUCAGUGGGGUUUUCUUUUCCCCAGGCAAGUUUGUAUAGCGGGGUAGCUAACCCACGGGCCAAAUCCAUCCUCAAGAGUGGAUACACACACAUACCUAGACCUGAAAUAAAUUGACGAUUGAAUUUGUGCUAUUUUUUAAAGCCUGCAUUUUUGCUGAGGUGUCCCUCACUGUCGCUGUGAUGGUCCUACUGCAGGCAGCCUAGCCAGCAUCCCCAAAAUUGGGUGCCUCUGCCUUGACCUUUCAAAGGCACCUCUCCUCCCUCUCAUGCUGCACUGUUGAUAGAUCUAUAGUACUCAGGAAUCUAUAUGUUUUUAACAAAGGCCAUAUUUUGAAUUAAGGGAAGGUUAAUCAUCGGCUGCAUCCAUUGUCUCACUCCCACAUGACCCCAUAUACAGGCAAGCACCUCUUUAAGCCCUCUCUGGUCCAGUAUGAGUAGUCAUAGGGGCUUUGGCAGUCUGCCCUAUAUUGUUCCCCUGAGAUCUGGCUUUUAUGCGCAAGCCAAGCGACAGGCAAAUGUGACUGAGCAGUUGUGAUGCAUAAGAGGAAAUCAACACAAGUAAUAUAUGUGGGAAUUAAACAGCCUUUUGGCUGGGUGUUGGUCCAUGCAGGAGAAAAGCAUCUUAGGUGAAUAACAAGAUGCUCCUUAUGAUCAGGGGCUGUGCUGAGAAAGUCUUUACCUCUGUCUUCCUAUUCCUUCUCUACAGAGAGAAAGUAUUGGUGCUAAUGGGCUGGCACAGAGAGGUGCCAUUAGGAAAUAAUGCCUGAAAGCAUUAACCAUUUGUACACAGCUUCCAGAAUUUUAGUCUGGUGGUUGUUUUCUGACAACAUUUAGAACAUUUAAAAACAAUCACAUGAUUGCACAGCUAAUGAUGUCAAGGGGUUGCCAAGAACAGUAUCUUCCAGCCGCCAUAGGCCUGGUUAAACAGGAAUGUUUUUAAGUUGCUCCCAGACCUUAAUAAUGAGGCAGAUGGAUGCAUCUCACCUGGGAGGGUAUUCCAUAAACCCGGAGCCACCGCUCAGAAGGCCCUGCCUGAGUAAGUGCCAACUGGGCACCAACCAGUUAUGGCAGCACCACUCCCAAGCCGAUUGUAAGGUCCAAGGCGAUUGAUACCCUCUCCUGCCCUGAGCAAAAUAAUGGCUGCUGCCUUGAGAGCUGUCUCCUUUGUAUUCUAGGGGGCCCUCAUGCUAAUCCCUUGCCUUUCCUCUUCCAGAGCGAUCCGGAGUUGGUGCAAUGGAAGAAGGAGCUGCGCGAAGCCUACCAGGAAGCCCAGCAGCUGCUGCAGAGGGUGCCCAAAAUGAAACACAAGCCGCGCUCUCCGGUGGUGGAGCUCAGCAAGGUCCCUCUGCUCCAGCGCAGCAGCAGCAGCACCAACGGCCUCUGACCCUCCUUGACUUCCUCUCCCAUCCUUAAUUUAUUUGGCUGGGUUUGUCCACCAUCCCCACCCUCUCUCCUGUCUCCUUUCGCUGAUCAUUGUGAUGUCCACCCCAGCCCCCUGGGGUAUUAUAGUGAGGGGGUGGGGCAUCCAGAAGGUGUGGGACAGACUUCCCUCUCCCCAUCCCCCAGCACAGGGGGACCAAUACCCAUUUGAGGGGAAGGAGCCUGGUUGGCAAGGUGGAUGAGCGUCUACCCCACCCCUCCUGCCCCCCACAAAGGAAAGCUGGGAUUAAAGCCCUGCCUCUAAAUAGGACCAAUGGAAGGAGAUGCCCUGAGGUGUGCCACACAUCUUGUGUCCUCCCUGCUUCUUCCCCUGUGGCUGCCAGACAUGCGCUAGAGCACUCACGAGAGAGCCUGCUGGCUUAGGCCUUGCUCCCCAUGGAGUGGCUGGCAGGGCAUGUCCUCUCAGGUGAGCGAGUCCCUUCACACCAGCUGAGGGGAAGAGACGCACCGGCACAACAACCCGUGUUCCCAGCCCCUUUUCUUUCCAGCGCCAGGCUCUGGCAUACGGUUCCACAGCAGGCCCCGUGCAGAAAGGGCGCCCUGGUUCUGGCGUAGAUGGGAUAGCUCAAAAGAGUGUAUUUCCCGCCACCCGUCACUCACAGAAUAUCGGCUAGGCAGCCACUGUGCCAUAAGCAAUCCCCUUCAGCAUUGGCUGUGUUUGCACUCUAGAGUGUGAUAAGGAAUUGCCUUGAAACGCUUACACUGUAACGAAAAUGUCUAACAAAAAAAUGAAGGCUUGCUCCUGUUCUGUUCUCUUCCCUUCGUCCCUGAGUUCACAUCCUGAAUCCUUCCCUACCACCCUCUUCUGGUCCCGCCAAUUGCCAUUCCAAAUCCUGAAUUCCUGACCUGGGGCAGCGGCUGCUGCUGCUGCUCUUGCUGCCGCCUCAGAGUUGUGGCCUGCCCUCUGCCUCUUGCCACCCUGCUCUCCCAGGCAUUCUCUUAUCAACUGUGCCAAAUUUCAAGAUUAUUGUUGUGCCCUUCCCAGUUGGCCCCGUGGAGUCUGCAAAAAGUCGUACUCCCUGGGGCCGAAUCUGGACAAGCUCCUUGCGUUUGGCUUGCCCAGUCUCUGUACUAUUGCCUCUGAAUCUUCUCCUUGGAGUGGGAUGAGAACUGCCUCUUGCUCUGCUGUCUCUACUGCCAAAUGCCCAUCUUGCUUUGCUGUGGAAAGAGGGGAGGGGCAGCAGGUUUCAUGCCAAAAGAGAUUUCUGAGCUGCCUGGCCCCUCUGCUCUCAGGGCCUCUCUGGGCUGAGCCUGGAGUGGGGGGAGUGGGGGGUGCGGUCACUGGAAGCUCGGCCUGGAUGAGGCCCUGUGCCAAGUCCCAAGUGUCUGAAGGAUUCUGUAAAUAUCUUUGUGCCAAGGGGGGGCCUGGCUGGGUGUGGAAAAAACUAGGCCCAUUCUGCCCCUCCCUUCCAGUAUCCCUCUGUAUUAACAGCUCCCCCCACCCACCACCUCCCCUUCCCCUAGCAGUGUUACGGUUUCUCCCACAGGAUGGGGAGAAAUAUCAGGUUGAAUUGACCCUGUACCCCUCCUCCUCCUCCUCCUCUUCCCUCCAUCUGCGGUUUAACAGAGGGGUUAAGGGUAGAUGGCUUUCAGUUGGGGAUCAGGUCUCUCAUCCCCAUGGUGUCAUGCCCCAAGCGCAUGCGAUUGCCUCUGCUGCAUGCCCCCCCCCACUCCGCCUCAUGUGAUGAGUUUUUGCCUGUUCUGCUACAUGGCUCCCACAUUCCUCCCAAGGCGAUUGGCCCUGGGAGGGGGAGGGGUAGAGCGGGAGCCCCCCCUUUCCCUGCAGUGUUUGUAAAUAUUGAUCUCUGGUUUGUCUCUCUGGGUUAUUAUUAUGGAUUUUUUGCCGAUUUUUGAAUGUGAUUUUAAUGAGUGGGAUAAAAAGACUGUUUUUAUAAUAAAAAAAAUCCAAAACCC